AUGGCAGAAUCAGAAAAGUUCCGUCCUGGGUCCUUGGUUUUAGCUUAUCAUGGACCAUUAGUGUAUGAGGCCAAGGUACUCAAAUUCCACGAGAAGGGUAAACAAUUUGUGGAAACAGGAGACGGAAAGAGCGAACCUCUUAAUCUCAAUCGGAUCCCCAAGUUUUUGUCUGAGUCCGAUGCAUACUUUCUACACUAUAAGGGGUGGAGUUCAAAAUGGGAUGAAUGGGUCUCUACUGAACGAAUCCUAGAGCUAAAUGACGACAACUUAGGCUUAUCAAGAGAACUACGAAAUGCAAGGAAAACAGCUAUUGAGCGCUUAGAUCAUAGCAAAAAGGACGACGAGGGAAAAAGUACUGUGGAGAAGAAAAGAAGACGAAACGAUUCAUCAGAUGAUAAAGACAUAGUAUCAAGUCAAAGUUCCGCCGAUACACCAAGACUGAAUGGGCCUGGACGAAAGAGGACAAAACAAGAGAGCAGAAGUUCGUAUGACAUCAUGAUAUCCCUUCGUCCUCAGCUCAAAUGCCUCUUGGUGGACGACUGGGAAUUCAUGACAAAAGAUCAUAAGUUGGUUGAUCUAGAAAAGUGUACGCCGGUCAAGAAAAUUCUUGAUUCAUUCUACGCAUAUAAAACGUCCACAAGUAAGAUGGACGCUUUGGAUAUUACACGAGAGGCCAUGGACGGACUCGCCAUCUUUUUCGAUGAAUCUCUUUCGUUGAGUCUACUCUACCGUUUCGAACGCCUUCAAUAUAGUGACCUCUUAGAGAAAGAUCCCAAUGUGCGGCCAUCAGAAGUUUACGGAUUGGAACAUUUACUUCGCUUAUUGGUCAUUUUGCCUGCGCAGAUAUCAACAACAACUAUGGAUGCAGUUAGUAUCAACGUUUUAAUGGCUGAAGUGAAAGAAUUACUUGAAUACAUUGAUGACAAUUUAGAUGGGUUUGUCGGCUCUUAUAUGAAUGCAAGCCCAGCAUACGACAGAUUGGCAGGUGGCCAAUGA